AGCUAAUCGAAUGCCAUGCCUACGGGAGGCGCCGGCACCUUCCGAAAGACUGACACGUCGGCCGACCGAACGACUCCAUUGCAACGCUACGACACCCUGUUGCAGAUGAACGCGAAAAAGACGGCUGCCGACGCCCUGUUGCAGAUGGAGAAGAGGAUGGUGGUGGAGGACCUCGAGCUGACGUCCCCCGUGCGGCAGAACGGCGGCGGCGGCCUGGGGCUGUGCCGCUCGCUCAGCCUGCGCGCCCCGGACCCCAGCACCCAGCUGCUGUCCGCCUACCGCAACCAGGACCUGGAGACCUUCAGCGAGCUGCUGUCAGGUUCGCCUCCCGAGGUGGACCCGGACCACUGGUACGAUGAUCCCAACCAUGCCACCAUCCUGGACUUGUCCUGCCGGGACGACGGGCGCGUGGAGUACGUGCGCGCGCUGUUGGACGCGGGCGCGGACCCCAACCGCACCAACCGCGUGCGCAAGAAGGCACCCCUCCACCUGGCAGCCGAGGUGGGCAACAUCGACUCCCUCGAAGUGCUCGUGCAGGCCAAGAACAUCGACGUCAACAAGCAGGACAACACGGGCUGCACGGCCCUGCACCUGGCGGCCAAGGAGGACGUCACGCAGAGUGGACGGGCGCGCGAGGAGCUGGAGCACCGCUACCGCAGGUGCGUGCAGUUGUUGAUGCAGCACCCGCAGAUCAACCUCAACAAGCCCAACCGCAAGGGCCUCACCCCCGUGCACCUGGCGGCCACCCACGCCUCGGCCGACAUGGUGCGGCUCAUGCUGACGGGCGGCGGCAGCCGCCUCGACGUGGACGGCUUCGAGGACGCCCAGGGCCAGACGGCGCGACAGCUCAUCGUCACCAAGUACCCGCAGCUGGAGCGGAUGCUGGGGCCACCUGCAGAUGGCGCCACCGCCACCCUCACGGCCGACCGACUGUUCUUUUACCUCUACAGUCGCGAGAACGCCAACUUCCUGGACGCGCUCGCCGCCGCAAGUUCGAGCGAGGUCGACACCCAGCUGCUGGACGCCGACGACGGUAGCCACACCCUCAUGCAGCUGGCCAGCGAGGCGGGCCUGCACGACGUGGUGGCCGCGCUGCUCGAGGGCGGCGCCGACCCCAACCGCACCGUCGGCACGAACCGACGCAGCCCGCUGCACACGGCGUGCCACCACGGCUACUACCGCGUGGCGCGCACGCUCGCCGCGCACGAGCGCACGGACCUGCACGCCCGCGCGCCCGGGGACACGCCGCUGCACGCCGCCGUCAAGGGGGCGGCCGAGUGCGGCGGCCUAGCACUGGCCGCGAGCCGCGCGGGCCGAGACCACCGCAAGUGCGUCCAGGUGCUGCUCGCCAAGGGCGUCGACCCCAACGCGGCCGACAUCAAGGGCAACAUGGCACUGCACUACGCGGCGCGCAACGGCGACGCGGACGUGGUGGCGGCCCUGCUCCGGGCCGGGGCCUACAUCGGCGUGAGGAACUGCUUCGGCGAGCCGCCCCUCGCCGACGUCUCACCGCGCGCCCUCGAGGCGUACCUGGACGAGUGUGUCGUCACCAACGACCUGCUGCCGCGGGAGGACAACUACGAGGUCAUUUUCAAGUACAGCUUCCUGGCCGGGGCGCACAGCGCGCAAGGGUCACCGCCUCAGGUCCAGAAGCAGGAUGUGAGCGUGAACGUGGAGGAGGACGCCAAGCGGCUCAUGGGGGGACGGCAGCCCGCCGAGACACUCGCCUGCGAGACGGACCCGUUGCUUUACAUGAGCAAGUCGGCCGACUUGCGCUACCUCCUCAAGCACCCCAUCAUCACCAGCUUCCUGUACCUCAAGUGGCAGCGCAUACGGGCCUUCUUUUACGUGAACCUGGCCUUCUACGUGGCCUUCUGGCUGCUGCUCACGGCCUACGUGCUGACGGGCUACAGCGAGCAGCCGGGACAGGGUCUCAUCAGCGAGGCCCUCGACGGGGAGGCGCCGCGGACAGGCGACCAGCACAACGCGUCUGCCAAGGGAAUCGCCCCCGCAGCGGCAGACACCCCCGUCAUGGCCGCAGCCAGUGCGGCGCCCCUCGUCGCCUCGCUGCUGGCCUUCUUCCUCCUGCUGCUCGCGAUCCGCGAACUGUUCCAACUCCUUGUGUCGCCGCAGAAAUACGUGCUCAACCCCGAGAACUGGUUGGAGGCGAUGCUCAUCGUGGUGACGGCCGUGUUGCUGCUGUCCCGCCAGACCAACUCGUACAGCCGCCAGCAGCUGUCGGCCGUCGCCAUCCUGCUCUCGUGGGCCGAGUUGGUGCUGUUGAUUGGCCGCCACCCGCUGCUCGCAACCAACAUCGAGAUGUUCAAGACGGUGUCGCUCAACUUCCUCAAGUUCCUGGCAUGGUACUCGAUCCUCAUCGUGGCGUUCGCGCUCAGCUUCUACACGCUAUUCCGCGACUGCGGCGGUGGCGGCGUCAACGCCUGCAAAGACGACGGGGACGAAAACUUCUUCCUCAGCCCAGGCAUGUCCGUGUUCAAAUCUAUUGUCAUGCUGACGGGCGAGUUCGACGCAGGCUCCAUUCCCUUCGUCUCGUUCCCCGUAACGAGUCACAUCUUGUUCGUCCUGUUCGUCUUUCUGAUAGCCAUCGUGCUCUUUAAUCUGCUCAACGGUUUGGCUGUGAGUGACACGCAGGCCAUUCGCGAGGACGCGGAGCUUGUAGCCUACGUGUCACGUGUCAAGCUUGUGGCCUACGUAGAGAGCAUGUUGGUGGGUGCGGGUCCACAGAGAGGCGUGGCCGGUUGGCUGAGCCGGCGCAUCCGCUCCGCGUUGUGCGGCUGCUUGAACACGUGCAAGAACGUGUGCAUUGCGAGAGUCAACUUGUUUCCCGAUGUUGUGCCCGACCACCAGAUCCACGUCCUGCCCAACCAGGGGAACCGAAUCGAGUUCGCAACGCGCGGUAGCUGCAGCCGCAACAGGGCCAUGUCGCUGGACGAGGACGAGCUCGGCGGCUGCGCGGUGCAGUGCACGCACAUGUCCAUGGACCCCGCCAUCAUGAGGGACAUCAAGGAGCUGUUCUUAAGACGCGUCGAGCAAACCGAGGUCAGCCACAUGCAGAAGACCAUCGACCAGUACGAGAGGGAAAUUCAAAUAUAUGUGGAGCGAAUUAAGCACUUAGAAAAUUCGCAGAAAGAACUGAUUGAUCUUCUCAAAACUAACCGACAGGGCAGUCCAUCUUAAAGUCUCCUAGAUUACUUAAAAGUUAAAAGACUUUGAAAAGGUUUUGUACCAUGGUUAUCAGAAUGAAUUGACAUAAAAAUUAUGCAUGAAUAACUUUGUAUGAGAAUCUCAUCUGGAUUAACCGGAUUUACUUAGUGUUAAUAGAAGCAGAAAGACAAACAAACAGUUUCCCACUACAUGUUCCCAUUUUGUACUUUAGGUUUCUA